AUGGUGAAACGAAAGAGAGAUGAGCCUCGGCUAGAGGUCAAUCUACAAAAAUGGGAAAAGGAUCUCGUCCGGGGCUUGAAGCUGGCAAAGGGUUUUGAAAGGCAGAGGUACGCGAAACGACAGCGAGAGGCCGAUGCCGACAAGUCUGCGCGUCUGGAAAAGGAGAUUGCCGUUCUCAAGAGCAUUGAUCUACACCAAGUGGCACACCAGCACCUUUGCUCUUCGCUCUUGAAGAUCAAGGGCGUCGCAGAAUCGCCGAGGCUCCCCGAGACAAUCAAGCUACUACCGAAACCAACCCUGACCGAGGACGAGAAGACCGCCCUACACAAUGUCACCAGCGCCCUGUGCAACCGCAAGCAGGUCAAGGACAUCAUUGACGAGGCCGUCGUGGGUACCUGCAUGGCGCUGAGGGUUCCCAUGCCCGAGAAAAAGGGCAAGGGCAAGGGAAAGAAGAAUGGCAACGCCAGGGAAGAUCAGGAAGACCAGGCAGACGACGUACAAAAGAAACCUGCCAGCAAAGAGGAAAAGCCUGUCAAGUCUUCCAAGCAGGUGUCAAAGGACGAGGACGUCGAGGACUCGAACGAGUCUUGGGAAGGCUUUGGAUCCGAUGCCGAAGCCAACAAUGUCGAUGCCGACAGCGACGCCGAAGAAAAGGCCUUUUCCCGUUUUGAUGAUAUGCUGGGCGGCUCGAGCGAUGACGACGGUGGCCGCAGCGACGAUGAAGACGACGAGGAUAGCCGGGCAAGAUCUAUAAGAGGGCCGUCGGACUACUUUUCUGGUUCCUCGGCUGAAGAGGACUCGGAGGCUGAUGAUCUUGAAGAUGAAGAGAGCGAGGAUGAAGCUGAAGGCUCGGAUAGCAGCAGUGCAAUCUCGCCGCCACCGAAAAAGGUCAAGUCGAAAGCCACAAAGCCUACGCCAAUGACCUCUGGAAACUCGCAGUUUCUGCCUUCAUUAAUGGGCGGCUACAUUUCGGGCUCCGACUCCGAGGCUUCGGACCUUGAUAUUGCGCCACCCACCAAGAAGAACCGGCGCGGUCAGCGCGCGAGACAGGCAAUCUGGGAGAAAAAGUUCAAAAAGGAGGCCAAUCACGUCAAGAAGCAAGCCGAAAUGAAUAGCAGGGACCAGGGCUGGGACAUGAAAAAGGGCGCCGUGGGUGAGGAUUCGGGACCCUGGAAAAAGGGAAUCAGCAAUCCUUUUGAAAAGAAAUCUGCUCCCGAGGGCGUUCACCCCGAUCGACAGGCCAAUUUCAAUGCCAAGAGUGAGCAACCAGAGCGAAGGGCACCUCCCAAACCCCAGCAAGACCGUGGAUUCCAAGGUAGCCGAGCAGACCGACCCGCUGGCAACUUUAGAGAACGGGCUCCAAGCAACUUUCAAAGGGAUCAGCCGCAAAGACCGGCCCCCAAGCCCAAACCAAAGAAGGACGACGAUGGGCCACUACACGCCAGUUGGCAGGCUGCCAAGCAAGCAAAAGAAGCUGCUCAAAACGUCAAAUUCGAAGGAAAAAAGAUUACUUUCGACUAG